GGCCUGAGUGCAGUAAAUUAUCUUAUUCCACUGUUGUGUUCACAUUCUUAGCAGUUACAUAACCGAGUACUGAUGCGGUCGGGGCCCUAACAGUAGGAGAGUUGGCAGUGGGGCUGCACGUAUUCACACACUGACCGAACAUUCCCCAUCGUGCUGUCAGCCUGGGCGAGGGGCGUUGCUGCCCAGGCACAGUUACAAUCGUCUCAUUGAAAGGAGAAUACAGGACAGGUUAUGAACCAGCAACUUCGAAAAUGCAGAAAAGCCAGACCGAGCACCUCUAUAAAAUACUGGUCAUCGGCGAUCUGGGUGUAGGAAAGACCAGUAUCAUCAAGCGUUACGUGCACCAAAACUUUUCCCAACAUUAUCGAGCUACGAUUGGCGUGGAUUUCGCUCUCAAAGUACUCAACUGGGACUCGGAGACUGUAGUUCGACUGCAGUUAUGGGACAUAGCGGGUCAAGAACGAUUUGGGAACAUGACAAGAGUAUACUAUAGAGAAGCCUUUGGAGCAUUUAUUGUCUUUGACGUUACACGACCCACAACGUUUGAAGCAGUUUCCAAAUGGAAAGAUGACUUAGACUCAAAAUUAACUCUACCUAAUGGGAAACCUGUCUCAGUUGUCCUACUGGCAAAUAAAUGUGAUCAAGGGAGUGAGUUCUUAGCUGCCAAUCCUGGAAAGAUGGAACAGUUCUGCAAAGAUCAUGGAUUUGUCUGCUGUUUUGAAACUUCAGCAAAGGAAAAUGUCAACAUUGAUGAAGCAGCUCGAUGUUUGGUCAAACACAUCAUGGCUAGUGAAAAUGAUCUUGCACAAUCUGUUGGGUCAGACGUUGUCACCCCAGCACUCAAUUCCUUCAGAAGCAACAGCAGCUGCUCAUCCUGUUUAAAGUCUUAGAUUGGGAUCUUGCUGUAACAGGCCUGUUACACCUUCCGUACUUACGUUUGUAUUUGCAAUAAGAACAUUAUUAACUGGAAUCUGAAGGGUAGUGGGAUUUUGACAAAUAUGAAUGAAUGGAAAUUUCAAUUACAGUAACUUGCAAUGAUGUAGCCCAUGUCUAACAGAAGAUAAACCAUUCCCAGGGCAUCACAGGGUUAAGAAAGAAAAGGCAGUUUAUAUCACAAAAAGUGUCAACAAAAGUCUAAUUUUGGACCACGCACUGUCUUUAUUUUGUAUUCAAAAGUACAAGAGGAUAUAAUUCAACUUUGACAGAGGUAGGAAAGUGAUCAUGGCAGAUGGGUUAUUCCAAUGGAAAGGAAUGUUGGUAGGAUGUAUAAUCAGGUAACUGAUCUACCUCUGCCCAUUCUGUACACCAGCCAGACGUAAAUUUCAUCUUCUAUGUGUCAUUUCCAUCUGCCUGUGAUACGAGUCGCAAUAUAAUUACGUACUUUUGACAGCAUUUCAUGACUUCAUAAGAGUUUGCCAAACUUAUUGUGAUGACCACUGCCAUCUCGCUUGCCAUUCCAUUUCAAAAAAAAUUAGGCCUUUGAAGACUGGUGUAUGUGUGAGGGAAGAAGAGGAAGGUGACAUUGAACACAGUGCUUUGACGAAGCUAAAUGAAUAUGUGCAUGGUUGAUUUGGUUACUUAAAAUGCAUUAGUAAUGAUUUUAUCCUAAUUGUGCUAUCCUAACUCCUUCAUGCUGUAUGACUCAUUAUCUCAUUCAAGCUGGUUCAGUUGUCAUUUUGGUUUCCUUCCUCUCCUUUUUUUCCUCCACUGAAAGUCUUAAUUCUACAGUUGUUGCUCAGUUGGUAGCACCUUUGCCUCUUCAUCAGGAAGCUUUGUUUCAAGUCUCACAUGAGGUACUUGAUCAUAUCCAAUGGUGUUUGACAAACAUUUCAGUCUGAUUUAAAGGUAAUAGAAAUGUUGUCAAUGGAAAUUAGUUAGGACUUAUCCAAGUAAUUGACAUUAAUUGAUGAAACCUAAUUUUUAAUCCUAGUGGUCAUCCUGUAGUCAAACCUUCCUAGUCUGAUAAUGACCUGUUUAUUUGUUUCUCUUUCAUUAAGUCAUCCUUAAUCUAUGCUAACAUUUGCCCCAAAUCCCAUAAAUUGUGAUUCUAUUUUACAAACUCUUAUGUAGCACCUUUCCAAAUGCCAUAUGAAAAUCCAAAUAUAUGAUCUCCAUUGCUUUUCUUAAAUAUUCCAUUCAGAGUGCAUUCUCAAAAGAACUCAAACAGAUUUGUUAAACAUAAUUUCCAUUUCAUAAAACUCUCAUUCUGCCUAAUUAUGUUACUAUUUCCCAAGUGUCAUUUACAAACUGCAUUAGAUUCUGUCAUUUUCCUUAAUACCAGGCCAGAGAACCUGUCAAAACAAUUCAGAUAUUCUUGAACUAAGGUGAUCAAUCCAGAUUCCCCUUACCUAAUGAGAUGUGUUUCCUCACUUUCUGUAUCUGAGUGGUAAAUCAAACAUAUAAUUCAGUUGCAAAUCUCUUAAGCACAACAGUGUUCAAUUAUCAACCAUUCAUCAAAAUUUUGGCUAGCACACAAAUAUGGGAAAAACUCAUAUCAGUUACCUUUAUGAUAUUGUACGCCAGUGUACAGAUUAUUGUUAUUCUUUCGGGGCAUAUUUCUUUGGAACUUCUGAGUUUGAAAUUGUAAGUUUGGCGGAAACUUAGUUAUAUGUAUAAAUCAUGUUGUCUUCUGUGAAAGUAAUGGGAAUAGAAGCUUUGAGAUUCUCCUAUGCUGACAUGUGCAAAAUAUUCAUGGAUGUGCAAAAGAGACUAAAUUAUUGCCUUCAACCACAGUGUGUUCCUUCUAGUUUUCAUGUCACCUUUAUUCUAACUUUGGAUAGCUAGUGUUGCAGUGAUUUAAAUGCAAGUUCGGAGAGACAACUGUUGAUAUCUGUUACCUUGUGAUACUAAUGAUUGGUAUGAUUCAUUUUUUUGAGAAGAAAGUGGAAAUGCCUGGCUCUAGUAUUUGAGUCAUAUCUUUCCUCAUGUCACACGCUGAUUUUAAUAGAAUAAAGUGUGCUGCUUUUUCAAUUGGCAAUUUAGAACGGAAAAUUGUGUUACAGAAAAUAGCAAACAGUGCUAACAAAUAUUUUUGUUAGCUGUUAAGUUUAGGGAGACAGUCUUGGCAUCUUUGGGUACAACUCUGAGUGCUGCUCAACCUCCGUUCUGUCUCUGCUAUGACACUGAGCUCCUGUGUAGCACAGUAUUUGAUCUGCAUUUUUAAUACAAAUUGCAUGAAGCUUUUCUGUGGUGUUCUCUUGCAGUGGAAACAAAGAACAAUGUUAGCACCUAAAUGUCUGUCUGUUCUGGAACAAUUCAAAAACAAUCGAAUUUAAAGUGGAAACAUAAAUGACCCUUAUUAAAUUUGAGGUUCAAAUCUCAACAGUUUAGAAUUUGACUUGUAUCUCGUUUUUUCUUCUUUUCCCAGAAAGGCUUCAACCUGAAUUGUUAAAUUGAUAAUGAUUAGUCUGGGCUGAAUCAUAGUAAAGCUCAUUAAUUAAUCUGUUUUGCCUUUGGAAACUGAUCAAAACAGGCAAAUCUAAGUAAUUGUAGCUGCUUGCAAAUGGGCAACAAGGACCUUCCUGUGGGAAAAGUUGUAAUGUCCCUACCCCUAGACAGGGACGCCUGAGUUCAAGCCCCACCUGCUCCAGAGAGAUGUGUAAAAAUUUCUCUGAACAAGUUGUUUAGAAAAACAGGUUAAAACAAAAUCAUCUGCUACUGAAAUCCUUACAAGGAGGCCCUCUUGUGGCUCAAUGGUAUGUCUCUGCUCCUGGACUGGGAGGCCUGGCUCCCACUGGUUCCAGAGGUGUGUAAUAAUGUCUCUGCACAGAUUGGUUAGAAAAAUAGAUUUUUUUUAAAAAGUACAAACCGGCAACAGGGGCCGUCUUGUGGUACAGUGGUAGUGUCCCUACCCUGGACCGAGAAGACCUGGGUUUAAUUCCUGUUUGCUCUCGAGGGGUGUAAUAACAUCUCUGAACAGGUCGAUUAGCAAAAUAGUGCAAGCUGACAACAUUGAUCUCAGAUUAUUUAAAUCUCUGGCUGUUAAUUUUUUUUUAUUUUGCUGAUGAUCAUUUUGUCACAGUGGCAUCUGGCGUGCACUUGUUGGACACUAUUUGUGUAUUUCCAUAUAAAAAGGAAAAUAUUAAAAUUAUUGCACGAUUCUAGGAACCACAUAAGAUAACCACAGAUCAUGUAUUCUGUACGAUACAAUUAUAUGAAGCUUUUUCUGCAAUUAGAAGCUUCCCUAUGUCUAUUGAUGCAUAACAACAGACAAGUAUACACGCUUAUAUUUGUUUUCAUUGCUAGUUGUUUUUUUCCCCUAGAACAGGUUAUCAGAGGCCAUAACUUGAGGAGCACUACUCCACAUCAAGCAUACCUGACCAAGAGCCUUUCCCAUUCUUAUAACCUGCCAUUGCUAAACCUUGGAGUGGAACUUGACCCAAAUGUUUUGAUUCUUAGUUAGGGAUGCUACCCACUACAUCACAAGACCUCCAAUAAGGCAUUUUCUCUGAAAGAUUGAAGCUGUCUUCCUUGAUUUCCCUAGUCACCAUGAACCGGUAGAAGCAUUGCAAACUUAACAAAUGAGAUUCCAAAGCGAUAUUAAUGGCUAAUGAAAAACCGUUUUGAUGUUGUUUAUAUGUGGUAAUCACCUGUGCAAUAAUGCAUCCAGUAUUGUUUGCUAAGUGAUAUGGGCACUGAUUUUAGAAAUUCUGUGGCUGCAUUCCCAUUAUCUCCUGCAGAAGGAAAAAAUGUGAAUCAACAAAGGGAAUUGUGAAUGUGACAUUUGUCAUUCUGCAGUGAUACUCUGGUAUACUGGCCCAUACAAUGUUUUAAAAAGUCUUUUAAUUUCACAAAAUUAGUAAUGUCAAAAUCUUCUUUUUGAGCUGUGACUAGUCAAUCAAGUAACCCCAUUUAAUAAUGGGAUUAUGUAUUGAUUUGAUGAUGGACUCUUCUCUGGUGAAUUAGUUGUGGUGCAGUGAAAUGUGUACUCGUGUAAUUUUUGUUUUAACCCUCUGCAGAGUGAUUUUGGAACAGCAGUAAUAAAACCUAUGCCAAUUUUUGACCCUGUGGAAGGAACAGAAAUUGCUGCUGCAAUUUAAAGGGUCAUGGGCCUCUCUCCAGAGUAGCAGACAGGAAUGGACAGAAUGUCUAGGCACAAAACAGCUACAGGGUGACUACAGAUGAAAGAGCAUCCAGGUUUUCUGAACUAUUCCCAGGGGAUGGUAGUGUGAAGGGAUUGGUGCUAGAAGUGACAAAGUCAGAAGUCACAUGACACCAAGAUAUAGUCCAACAGGUUUAUUUGAAAUCAUAAGCUUUCGUAGUGCUGCUCCUUCAUCAGGUGACACUUUAAUGUACACAUCCCUGGACACUACGGGGCAACUUAACAUGGCCAAUUCACCUGACUGCACAUAUUUGGAUUGUGGGACAAAACCCAUAUAAACACUGGGAGAAUGUGCAAACUCCACACAGUCACCUGUGGCUGGAAUUGAACCUGGGUCCCUGGCGCUGUGAGGCAGCAGUGCUAACUACUGAACCACCAUGUAUAGCAACAUCAAAAUUAAUCUGGAUUGAUUAACUUUAGAGAUGUGAUUCAUGAUUACAGAGAUAGCUUUGACCGCUAAGCAAGCGCCUUGACUUGUGGCUCUGCACUUUAUGGGAUUGGAAGAGAUGGUUGUGGGCUAACUUUUCCCUUGUUUGCCUGUCAGUUGGCAAAAAAAAAGUAUACUUUGUGAAGAUAAUAA